CCAAUAUCCUCAAGACAUGGCCGCUACGACGAGUGAUCGCGACCAGUAUGCGCUCAAGCCGUACCAACUUCCCACAGACGUAGCGGAGAUGAAGAGACUUGGUUUGCAACAUCGGCUCUGGUGUCUUAUGAUCGGUGGUUUAUACCCGACAUCUAUUGCGGAUGCUCUGCAAAAUAUCAUGAGAGAGAAUGCGCACCCAACUAUCGCGGACAUUGGAUGCGGCUCGGCUGUAUGGGCGAUGGAGAUGGCAAGACUGUUUCCUGAAGGUGAAGUAGUCGGCUUUGACUUGCAUGAACAAACGUAUGCCGAUGCCCCCAAAAAUUUUCGAUUCAUGCAAAGCGACUUGGCUGAAGGAUUACCAGAAAGCCUACGCGGUACUUUCGACGUGAUUCAUUGUCGUUGUGUGGCCCAGCAUGUGCCCAACCCUGUGGGUCUUAUAUCCGACAUCGCCGAAGCACUGAAGCCAGGAGGCCUCCUACUUCUUGCCGACGGCGACUGGGUUGCCUUCGACGAAGACAAACGUCCCCUCGUUCCGUUUAUUUACAACCCCGCGAUUAACGAGCAAGAGCGCCACAGAUGUGCACAGCCCGGGAGUUCGUUUUAUGCAGGGUGGCUGCACCUCAUGGGUAAUAUCACACGAAGCCCAGUCUAUCGACCAAUAGACCAGAUGUUACUGCAACACGGUGGCUUUGUUGAUGUAUCUAUGCAGAACUACUUCAGCCCCAUUAAUUGGAAUGGUCGAGACUUGGAGAAUGGGACAGAAAUGGGCGCCAUCAUGAACCUCAAUAUGAAGGCAUUUUUCCACAACUCAGUGAAAGCUGCUAUCAAAAGUGGUGUAGCUCCCGGUAUGCUUCCCAUCUGGGAGGAGGAAUACCUUAAGGAAUUUGGUAACCGACGGUAUAAUAUCUGGCACUACACCACGGCGCGUAAAAUGGGUAUAUCCAGUGUAUUAGAGAAAUAG